AUGCCAGCCCACAUCAGAACAUAUGAUGGGACGGAAGAUCCUGAAGACCAUCUUCAGAUCUUUACCGGUGCCGCAAGAAUCGAGAAAUGGUCAAACGCUGAAUGUUGUUUGAUGUUCAUGCAAACCCUUGUGGGAUCAGCAAGAAUCUGGUUCAAUGACUUACCUGCUCGAAGCAUUCGAAGCUUGGACGAUCUCAGCAAGGGGUUCUUAGCCAAUUUCUCCCAACAAAGGCGGUAUAUCAAAGAUGCUACAGUGAUUUUCCAGAUCAAGCAAAGAGAUGAUGAAAGUCUUCGAGAGUUCAUAAAGAGGUACAAGAAGGAAGGUCUAACCUAUGUGGGAGCAGAUGAAAAAAUGAGGGUGGCUGGUUUCAUGAACGCCAUUACAUCUAAAUACCUCACAAGGGAUUUCAACAAAUCUUUCCCCAAGACUUUGGAAGAAGCUCUCGAAAGGGCUGAAGCCCACAUUCGAGGAGAGGAGGAAGUAGAUAUCAAAGAACAAAGAAAAAGAGGAAACAGUUGA